AUGGCCAUCAUCAAUAUCUGCGAUAAAUCGCCGAUUCAUUUCCUCCCAAGACUACGAGUUAAGGACACAGUAUCCGGUCGACCGAGUGUCGAGGUCAGUGCUAACAAUUGCGGACAAGUUCGCCUCAAGCCAAUCAUGAUUCGGAUAUCUCAAAUGACCGGAGCGGCCGUCAGAACUCAUGAGUUCUUCAUCCGGGUCUCAGCCACCCUCUAUUGUCUGCCUCAAAAACCUGGCAAAAUGGACCGAGUAAAUCCACCCGACGGCCGGGUCACCGGCGUGGACCCAAUGAAGUCACAGCCGUCGCCAUGA